UCAUACUUUGCAACAGGGAAGACGUAGCCACUGCAAGAUCAUUCUCCCUAUUGGCUGGUGUCAAGAUGGAAAUGGAAGAAAGUAAUAGAGUUAAACUGCAGACAAAAAUAAGAUCAAAUGAGAAGCCACCAUACGUGACAGCUGUUGGUGCAGAAACAAAUCCUUUGAAAAAAUUUACCAUCCCUAAAAUAAGGAGGACUGCUGAUAAAGUUUCUUUAACACCCUGCUACACUAAUCAGAGGGAAUAUAGCAGCAUCAGCCAUACUCUGAGCCAGUCUCGUCUCAACACAGGAUGUGACCUGCAGUCUUCAUGGCAGUUUGGUGAGAUAAAACUGGUACACAAUGAAGAGCUGGAAAAAAAAUUUGCUGCAAAGAGGGCCAAGAUGCGUGAAGAAGGAAGGCAAGGCAGAGAACUUGAGGAACAUUUUUGUUUUUUGGUGCUGCCUUGGGAUGAGGUCUCAAAAAUUUACCAGAGUGGAAUACAUACCAGCGAGUCUGCAAUGAAGGAAUUAGGAAAUCCCCUCCUUGGAGUUUAUUUAUUCAGACAUGUUGAUGUUGCUUUGAAUUAUGCAAAUAGAUUGAUCAGUGCAGAAAACAUCCUCGUUUUCAAGGUUCUCUUCGGAAAGGUAAAAAAAAUUCAGCCUCCUAUGGGUAAAAAGAAAGUUGCCCUGGAUCCUACCCCGAACUUUGAUUGCCACAUGUCUAGAAUUGCUCCUACACUUAAAGAUCCAGUUGAUCUGCAGGCCAUUGGCUCAUCGGUUUACUUCUAUGAAUACAAUAUACACUCAAAACCAGUGGAUAAGCCUAGGCAGUGUCUUCCAUAUGCAGUAGUAACAGUAAGAUUUGUUGGCCAGAAGGUGGAAACUGACCCUCUUAUAACAUCUGUGAGGUUUCUGUCUAAAGGAUUUCCUAAGUAUUCUGCACCCCAUGCUACCACUUCAAAAUGGAACAAUAUGUUUCUCCCAGUUCCAGCUACUGAUGGCAGCAAGUAUGCAGAGGAAAAGGGAGUGCGUCCCUUCAGGUCCCUGGAGGGUUGCUGCAUAUGUUAUCCAGGGCAGAUGCCUAAUUCUGAGAGCAGUGCUCAGCCUUAUUAUUCCACUGUUCCUGCACAAGACAGGCUAGGAUUUUGCCUUCAGACUUAAGUGUUGAUUGGAGGAGGAAAUCUAUUCCAAGAGCUGUCGCUACAAAUAAGUAAACUUAAUUUUUAUUGCUUUUGUCAUAGCAAAUAUUGAUUUAUUGUCUUUAUAAGAGAUGAUGAUGCUUAUUCUUUAACAGCUUGGAUUGAAGUUAGAGAUGGACUUCCAAGAGUUAAAAAUUCAAGUUGCUGUUCAAAUAAAUGGAAGCAUCAUAAAAUAUUUAAUGCUAAAUAUCCAAAAUAUGUAAAAGAUCUUAAAGUUAAGUGAAAUGGCACUUGCUCUAAAGAAUGGAGGAAGCCCAGGGGAAAACUGUUUCUAAAAUUUGGAGGUUAAUGUAAAAAGAUUGUUUUCAAAAGCAUGCUUCCACUGGGGGAUUUUCCUGUGCCUGUACUGUAUUUUGGCUGAUUUCCUUUAUGAUUCUCUGCUGAGAUGCUUUUGUGUUACUGCUCGUGCCUUAGUCAUGAUUAUCUUUCACUUGGAUCUUAGACCCUGGACUCUGGAACUACUCUGGAAAAUAAUCAAAAGGGAAAAGAAAAGAAAACAAGCCAUUUGAGAUAACUUUCCUUCCAUGGGUUGAUGCUACCAUGGGUAACUGCCACUCACAAAGCUCCCACUCAACUACCUGAACCCUGGUAGACACCUAAACUCUCUUGGCAUCUUAAUUUUCGUAGUGAAAGUUCCCCAAACCCCUGUGUUUUCAGCCUUUGAGUGGAUGCUGAAGGGCCAGAGUGAUGUGUGAACCAGGGGAAGAUAGGUGUUCCUCCACCUAACUCAGCUGUGGAGCCCGAUCCAGGAAGUGUGCUCAGACUUUGCCUACUGGAGUGGGAAGCCCCUACAGAGACGCUUACACUAAACAUCAGGAGAAGAGGAGGGUGACUUUCCUCAUCAUUCAUAGCCCAGUGGUUAGGGUAUUCACCUGAGAUGUAGAAGACCCCCCCCCAGUUUAAGUCCCCACCUCCAAAUGUGGGGGAGAAGGGAUCUGUGACCUCUCAUGUGAGUGCCCAAUGCGUCUUUCAUUAUUUAUCCACCAGGGUACAGCUUCAAAACGAGGCCAGAGAGACAGUGCGUAAGCAUGAGAAUGACUUUGUAGUCUAGUGGUUAGUGUACUCAUGUGGGAGUACCAGGAUCCAGUCCACCUGCUCUAGUGACUCUUUAUCUAGAGUGCAACAGCUUCAACAGGAGAGGCUGAGGGAGUGCCACAUCCAAAUACCCCAUCACCCAGUGGUUAGAGCACUCCCCUGUCAGUGGCAGAUUCUUGUUCAAAUCCCUUCUCAGGUGGAGGGGGGACUUGAACUGUGGUUCUCGGACAUCUCAGGUGAGUAUUUUUAGGCCAGUGGUUAGGGUAAUGAGGGAGCUCCUUUUCCAACAGUGUGGGCACCUAACACCAAGAGAGGGUUUGCAACUGAGUCCCAAGCAGAGGGAGGCACUGCCCUGCAGCCCAGACUUAGGUACCUGUCUUUGUUAGUGGGGCAGGGGCUGGCAUCUCCCACUGGCUGUCUUAGACCAGGAGCUGUCUCCCAUUCUGAAUCCCCCAUCUCUCCCCAUUCAUUGUAUACAGAGCCUAGUCCUGCACUCAGGCUUUGUGAAUCCCAGUGAUUUUCUAGGUGCCUGAAAGUUGGGCAUGGCAAUACUCAGCAUCAUUGCACCUAAGUUUGUUUAUGAAUGUAACCCAAAGUGUGGAGGGGAUCCGUCUUUGGUUGAGUAUUGAGUCACUGAUAUUUGAUGUUGAAUCCUUUAUUGUUUUAUAGACGAGAUUAACAAAAUCUCUGACCAGUAACUGCUUUAGGAGUUAGAUGCAUAACUGUAUGUGGUAAUUGCAAGAAUAAACAUUGU